UGCUGAAGACUUGCCCAGAUCACUGCUACCUGGAAGUGGCUGAUAUAUCCUGGUGCAAAUCUUUGAGGAGGAACCACAGGACGACAUGGAGCAGCAACGGAAUACAAGGGCAAAGACACGUGGAUGGAAAGGCCAGGGCAGAGGGGCCCUCGGUGAGAAUAAGCCAAACCCAGCCACACCAGAGCCAGCCCAGCAGGAGCCCCUCGCCGUGAUGAGGGCCUUGUGGGAUGAAGUCGGGGGCCACGAGAUCAGCUACGAGGUUGGUGAAGAGGACCCCUUCUCUGACUGUUACAUAGAGUGCAUCAUACGAGGUGAGUUUUCUGAACCUAACCGGGAAGAGAACAUAUUUCUUAAGUCCUUCGGCUGCCUGGGAGAAGGACCAGAGCAAGAGUUUUCUCAACAGGCUUUUGUUGAUGCAAACUCACGUUCUGAAUGUUCCUUGCCAUACAUGGAAAAGGAGGCAAAACAAGAAUUUCCUCCACAGAAUGUGGGAGAGAAAUCACUGGUUGAGCAUUCUGGGCACAUGACAGGCAAGAAGCCUCCUCCUGGAGAAACACCCAACGCUAGCCUGCUAGAUCCCACCCGGCCUGCAGAAUUUGCUAGAAACAAGCCAAGAGAAAAUGGAGAAUGUGGUACUCCAGGAAAAUUCGUUUGUCCUCAGAGUGGAUGCAAAAAAGAGCUGAAGACGAGACGUGCCCUGAGAAAGCACCUCCAACUCGUCCAUGGCCCCCGCAACCACGUGUGUGCGGAGUGUGGGAAAGCGUUUCCUGAGAGCUGCAAACUAAAAAGACAUUUUAUGGCUCAUACCGGAGAGAGGCCUUUUCUGUGCACCUUUCAAGGGUGCGGAAAACGCUUUUCCCUCGACUUCAACUUGCGUACACAUGUGCGCAUCCACACUGGGGAGCGGGCUUUUGUGUGUUCCUAUGAAGGCUGUCACAGGAGCUUUGUCCAGUCAAAUAACCUGAAAGCUCACAUCUUAACUCAUGCAAAUAAAAAAUAAGAAGAAGAAGAUGGGGAAAAAAUCUUUAAAGAUGUAUAGAAGGGAAGCAUUUUAACAAAAGAGUGAUUGGGGACAAAUAUGCCUCAUUGAUUAUUUUCAGGAAAGAAUAUUUGAAUCAAUGUUGCAACCCUGUGAGGCAUAUUUUUAAAUGUUACUAAGAUGCUCCUAUUCAUUGUGAAAUCAUUCUAAGAA